CCGUUCAUUGUCAUUAUUCCCUAGAUUCCUUAGUAGAAAUGCUUCUUUUUCCAUAGUUGAGCGCACACUAAACACUACAAUCCAGAAACAGACGUCGAAAAUGAGCUACGCGUUCCGUCGCGUAUGCCUGCAACUUCCUGCCAGCUUCGGCCCUAAGCAUGGUCCGCUGCGUCAAGCUUUCCGCCCAGCCGGGCCCGGCAUUGUCACAAGGCAGAUCCCGGUGAACAGACGCGCGUUUGGGCUCUCCACGAGACGGCAAGGCGACCUCGAUGAUGCCAAGUCUAAGAAGACCAACCGAGAUGACAUGACCAAGGAGGAGGAAAGGGAGAAGCUGGAGCGUGACGAGCAGAUUGCCUUGAGAAAGCAAGAGGAAAGGCCAUGGCACCGCGCUGGAGACGAGAAUGAACAGCGGGAGUUGUGCAAAGAUCCCACAAACGGCGACAAGACUCGCGGUAUGCCAGCUCUAAUGUUCCCUGCGCCCGAGCACACGUGCACGUUGCCCUUCCACGCUGAACAAGCGCGGAACAUACAGUCCUCCAAAGAUAACAAGGACGAUGACAGGGAUUCAAUCGCCCCGCUUGCCCUCCUUGUCCACCCUCAGCAGCCGUUGUCCUACCUCGAAAGACUCCUCCAGGCUGAAAUCCCACCCAUCGACGAUGGUCGCCGAGAGCGAAUCCCAAAGAUAUACUUCCGAGCAGAGGGAGACCACAAGGAUGACAAACAGGACAAGAGCGCAUCGCAGAAGAAGGAGGGCAACGUCGCCUCUUACUCGGGUCUAGGCCACAAGGGCCCAAAGAAGGAUCGCGAUGAGACCAAUUGGGUCAGAUGGAGCAGCAGUACCGAGGUUGGCGACUUCAUCAGAGACGCUGCUCGCGGUCGAGAGUUUGCAAUCGGCAUCGAGGGCUACAAAGAAGAGUUGCGGGUAGCUGUGCCGAGCUUCAAUGACCGCACAUACUACAUGCGCGUUCGAUUGCGGAGAAUGUCUCGCCGUGUCGAAGAGUUAGCGAAGCUCAAGCAAGAAUGCGAUACCCUUGCGCACCGUGGAGCACAUCGCAUGGCACAGGGAGGAUUCGGCCUCCUCGCCGGUUGGUGGGGAGUCGUGUAUUAUGUCACCUUCCACACCGAUGCCGGCUGGGAUCUUGUCGAGCCAGUCACGUACCUGGCUGGUCUGACAACCAUCAUGGGCGGUUACCUGUGGUUCCUAUACAUCAGCAAAGACCUUAGCUACAAGGCCGCCUUGAACAUUACCGUCUCCAAGCGACAGCAGGCAUUGUAUCAGGAGCGGGGCUUCGAUCCCUCAGCCUGGGAAGCGCUCGUCCACGAAGCCAACUCAUUGCGCCGCGAGGUCCGCUUUGUGGCGACUGAGUACGAUGUGGAUUGGGACGAAACAAAGGAUCUUGGCGGCGAGGAAGUCAUGGAGGUUUUAGACAAAGAGAAGAAGGGUAGACGCAGGAACGACGAAGACGAAGACGAUGCAGAAGAAGAGCGAGCAGAACAUAAACGCAAAGAAGACAAGAAGAAGGAAAACUCUGAUGAUGGGAGCGAAAACAAGUCGGCAUCAUAGCAAGCUCCUAGAAGUUUUUCAAAAGAUGCAGGAUAUGAUGGUGAAGGAAUGCCUUCCGAUGAAGAUCUAUCUGUUGUCAGGAGAGCUGUCGUGUG